AUGCAUAAUCGAAUUGAGGAUGUUAGAAGUAGCGGUGAUGAUAACGGUGAUAUUGUCAAACAAAGAUCAACAGAUAUGACUUGUUUGGAUGGCAUUGAUGCUAGAAAAUAUGCAGAUUUUCUUAAUCUCUUCAACAAUUUGAAGAAACGGAAUACAUCACCUGGGAAUAUCGAUCAUACUCGACAUUUAGCAUCUGUUCAACGUGGGAGAUCAAGGUACAGAAAUGUGUCUGCAGUAGAUGAUUCUCUUCCAAGUACAUCAUCCCAACAAUCAAGUGCUACCAGUCAGAAUUCAAAUCACGAACAUGUUCUCGAAAGUUAUCAAUUAUCUAGGAAAUCACAGCCCAGUACUCUCUCUGAUAUAGACCUCACAACGACUGUAAGCGGUACGGCAUCAUUUGAACAAUCGCACUGCUUCAAUAACAGUACCGCCCAAAGUACCGAAACUGUUAGUAUCGGAAAGAAUACUGUGACACGGAGUCCAUCUUUUGAUGCUAAUUGUACAGCGAUCAGACGGAACUGUUUUGAACGGAACUCAGAUUUGGAUGUUGCAACGGUAGUCGUACAAGAAAUGGAUGACAAAAAUCCAAUUCAUAUAAAUAGUGAAUGCAGAGAUUUUAAUUUGAGUAAGUUAUCGGAAAAAAACAACAUCCACUCCGAGCCAUUUAACAAGAAGGAAGUAUCCUUUUGCGAAACUUCAUCUGUUGAGACCGAGAAUUAUACUGAUGCAGAUAAGUUACAAGAAAUCAAGACUUUACGUAAUAUUAAUAAAACUCUAGCAAAAAAACUGGCUAAAGCGGAACGAAUUGCACAAUUACUUCAAAUACAGCUCAAAUUUUAUGACAAAACAAGUGAUGCUAAAUUUGCAUGCAAGUUAGCUGAUGCCAUCGAUCAGUUGAAAUUAUUGUUACCCAGUGAUCGAUUUCGUGAUGAAGCUGUAGAGGUUCUGAAUUCUGUUACUCCAUCUGUAGAUAUUAACGAUGAAAAAUCUCUCUUCUUGAAUAAUUUACUGAAAAAGAUUGAAUACGAUAAAGCAACGCUUUCAAAUUCCGGAACUUUACGAAAAUACUGUGAACGAUUAGUUGAAUAUGCCCGUAAACAUCCACCGGUUCUUAUGGAAUUGCAGAAUCAAAUAAAUGAAAUUCAUAUCCUGAAGUUGAGGAACAGUGCUGAGCAUGAAAUAAUGAAAAAAAAUAAUCCAAAUGGGAAUAUAAUUGACGGAAGCUGUGAGAAUCAUCAGCGUCAGAUCACAUCACUGGAAGCAAAUUUAGUGUUGCAUCGUGAACAACUGGCAAUGAAAGAUGUACAACUUCGGCAACUUGAAGAAGAAAUUGGAAACGCUCAUCGAUGCAAUCAACAGCUAAAUGCGAAACUUGGUUCAAUGGUUACCGCAAAUAGCACAAAUUUUUUAAAUCAAGAGAAGGAACUUAGAGUAAGUUCAUUUCUAUAUGCAAACUGA